AUGGUGAAUUGGAAGUGGAGAUGGAAAAAAGCAAAUUUAGAUCAAUUAGAAUUAACAGAGUUGGAGGAAUGUUUACUUUUGAUCAGUAGAGUGAACGUGAAGGAUACUCCGGAUCGUUGGAUAUGGAUACCGGAAGCGAGUGAAGAUUUCUCGGUUGCUUCCAUGAAAAAGAAAUUGUCGAAUUCAAUUAUUACUGCAGCUCCGUUCGUGGUACAGUGGAACAAUUGGGUUCCAAAAAACUCAAUAUUUUUUUUGUGGCGUGCAGAGAAAAAGAGGAUCCCAACUAUUGAUGCCUUGCGUCAACGAAAUGUUCAUGUAGAAGAUGGUUCUUGCAAGCUAUGUGGAGACAUCGAGGAGACGGUAGAUCAUUUGUUGAAUUCUUCCCAGUUUGCUGCUCAGGUUUGGCAAGGUGUGAGUACAUGGUGCCGGAUUCCGCCUAUCUUUGCUUUUGAAGUUCGGGAUUUGUGUAUGGUUCAUAAAAACCUCAAUCUGGUAGCUCGCAAAAAGAAGGUGAUAAAUGGGGUUGUUCUUACGGCUUGCUGGUGCAUCUGGAAGGAAAGAAACGAAGUGGUUUUUGCAGACAAGAAAGCAAGUGUUGCUAAAGUUUUGGAGGAAAUAAAAUCCUUAGCUUACCUUUGGAUUAAAAAUAGGUCUCCGUUUACCGAUCUUUCGUGGAAAGAUUGGGUUGGUUUCAAUUUGUAA